AUGGAAUUGUAUUGUUCUUGUAUAGCUUCGGUCAUUUUUCUUUUUCUAGUGGGCGUGGCUGCGAAUGCGCAAAGCAUACCCACCACCUUAGAAGGUCCAUUUCAACCUGUGACUCGCAGUUUCGAUCCAUCGUUGCGACGAGGCAGUGAUGACUUGCCCAUGGAUCAUCCCAGGUUGAAGAAGAAUGUCACCUCAAUGUUCCCUGAGCAGAUUGCUCUUGCGAUAUCUUCGCCCUCUUCAAUGUGGGUUUCUUGGGUCACUGGAGAUGCUCAGAUUGGUCUUAAUGUCACUCCCCUUGAUCCGUCAACGGUUGCCAGUGAAGUCUGGUAUGGUAAAGAAAGUGGGAAGUACUUGAUGAAAAGAAAGGGGCUUUCCAUGGUUUACAGUCAGUUAUACCCCUUUGAGGGUUUAUGGAAUUACACCUCUGGCAUUAUUCAUCAUGUGAAAAUUGAUGGAUGUAUGAGCUUUAUUGAAGGUCUUGAACCUGGAACAAAAUAUUACUACAAGUGUGGUGAUAGUGCUUUUCCAGCGAUGAGUGACGAGAAAGUUUUUGAAACCAUGCCUUUACCUGGACCCGAUAGGUAUCCUCGUCGAAUUGCAGUUGUUGGAGAUUUGGGUCUCACCAGCAAUUCAACAACCACAAUAGAUCAUCUUACAGCAAAUGAUCCUUCAAUGAUACUAAUGAUUGGAGACUUGGCUUAUGCAAAUCAGUACCGCACAACUGGUGGAUCAGCAGUUUCUUGCUUUAUAUGUGCAUUCCCAAAUGCACCCAUUAGAGAGUCAUACCAACCCCGUUGGGAUGGGUGGGGAAGGUAUUAG